AUGCCGACUCUGGAGACGGUGACUCCUGCACAGUCGAGUGCUGAGACCAGCCCGAUCGAUGGCACCAACAACGACCACUUGAUCCACUCGGACAAUGAGCAGCAUCCAGCCAACCUGAUCCCUUCACUAUGCGCCAAGUUCUGGACGCUAGGCUGGGUCACCGGCACUGGAGGAGGAUGCUCCAUUCGCGAUGGUGACCUCGUCUAUCUCGCCCCCUCGGGGGUGCAGAAGGAGCUGAUGAAGCACACGGACAUCUACGUGCUCUCGCUCGCGCAGAACCUCGCGCAGUCCGCCAGCCUGCGCAACCGCGUGUACCUGCGCUCGCCACCCUCGCUCAAGCCCUCGCAGUGCACGCCGCUCUUCCUGGCGGCCUUCACGCGGCGCGGCGCGGCGUGCUGCAUCCACACGCACUCGCAGUGGGCGGUGCUCGUCACGCUCAUCCUCGAGUCGCAGGCGAAGGCCCAGUCGCACGGCCUGUUUGGGGAGGCCCAGGACCGCAGCGCCGGCAAGCUGUUCGAGAUCAACAACAUCGAGCAGAUCAAGGGCUUUGGUAAGGGCUACACCAAGACGGGCAACCUGGGCUAUCACGACACGCUGCGCAUCCCGGUCAUUGAGAACACCGCGCACGAGGAGGACCUCACUGAGUUCCUGGAGGAGGCCAUGGAGCUGUACCCGGAUACGUACGCCGUCCUGGUGCGGCGACACGGCGUGUAUGUCUGGGGAGAGUCGGUUCACAAGGCCAAGACGAUGUGCGAAAGCCUCGACUAUCUCUUCCAAUUGGCCGUGCAGAUGAAGCAGACGGGUCUGCCGUGGCUUACGGAGGUCGAGCCCACCCUGCCGCGGACACAAAAGCGUGCGCGCGCCGCGGAGGACGAAGCGGCCGAGUCAAAUGGAUCCAAGAAGGCAAAGACUGCCGCGGCCUAA